UGUAAAAGCCAGGAAGGGGAGUGAGGCGUGAGUAUAAAGUUCACUCCCGGCUCUAAGUUGGAUCAGAUCCGCUCUCUGCAGAACUUCUGAAGGUGAGUCCAUCAUGGCGCUGGUGGCUGAGUUUUUGGGUCAGUUGACGCUGUCGUACGGUGGGGAAGAGGAGCCCAAAUUUCCCACAGUGUUUCCGGUUCGAGACUUUGACCCAACCAGAGACGCUGCCAGAAUUGAUACAGCCAUCAAAACUAAAGGAGUAGAUGAACAGACCGUCAUCGACAUCCUGACCAGACGCAGCUAUGACCAGCGGAGAGAGAUCGCCUUCGAGUUUGAACGGAUUGCUAAAAAGGAUCUGAUGACUGCUCUGAAGGGCGCCCUCUCUGGGUCUCUGGAGGCUCUGAUGUUGGGUCUGAUGAAGAGCACCGCCCAGUACGACGCCUCUGAGCUAAAGGCCUCCAUGAAGGGUCUAGGAACGGACGAGGAGACGCUCAUCGAGCUCGUCUGCUCCAGAAACAACGAAGAACUGGCAGAGAUCAAGAAGUUGUACAGAGAACUGUUCAAAAAGGAGCUGGAAAAAGACAUAGCAGGAGACACCUCUGGAGACUUUGCCAAACUCCUGCUUGCUCUGGUCCAGACAAGAAGGGACGAACCGUCCAACGUCGUGGACUAUGAGAAGAUCGAUGAUGAUGCCAGAUCUCUGUAUGAAGCUGGAGUAAAGAGGAAAGGAACUGAUGUGACGACCUGGAUCUGCAUCAUGUCUCAGAGGAGCAUCCCUCACCUGCAGAAAGUGUUUGAGCGCUACAAGUGCUACAGUCCGUACGACAUAAAGGAGAGCAUCAGGAAGGAGGUGAAGGGAGAUCUGGAGAAGUCCUUCCUGACUUUGGUGGAGUGCUUCGAGAACAAACAGCUGUACUUUGCCAACAGACUGAAUGAAGCCAUGAAGAGUAAAGGAGCCAAAGAGAAAGUCCUGACCAGGAUCAUGGUGUCUCGCUGUGAAGUCGACUUGAUGAAGAUCAGGACAGAGUUCAAGAAGCAGCACAAGAAGUCGCUGUACCAGACCAUCGCU